AUGAAAUUUAUUAUUAGAAUUAAUACCUUAUUUGUGGCAAUAUUUUGCCUAUUAGUUCAAUUAUCUACAUGUGAUCUUAUGGGUUGGCCAGCGCUUGAUGUUCCGCCUCCAAAUAGAACUGAUUUUACUGCAAAAGUAGAUUUGACAAAAGUUAGGAAUGCUCCUCUUAACCUUGUGUCAAACAUUGCUAACGGUACAUGCCCAACUACGGAUCCAUAUUGUUACAACCCUUGUUCUAAGUGUACUCGCCCGGAUGACAUUUUUUAUUGUCCAACUGUAAAUGAUUGGGGUCUCACUUUUGACGAUGGUCCAACUAAUGACACAAUAGCCAUUCUUGAUCUUUUAAAAUCUUAUAAUCUUAAAAUUACAUUCUUUGUUGUUGGUUCCCGUGUAGUCUCGAAAAGUGAUAUUUUAUUGAGAGCUUUUCAAGAAGGUCAUCAAAUCGGUGUGCACACCUGGUCACAUCCUUAUCUCACUACUCAGGCUACUGAACAAGUGAUUUCUGAACUAGAAUGGGGUGCUGAAAUUAUAAAAAAUGUAACUGGUGUCAGACCAUUAUACAUGCGUCCUCCAUUCGGUGAUUAUGAUGAUCGCAUACGUGACAUAUGUUCACAACUUGGGUAUAAAGUUGUAAUAUGGGAUAAGGAUUCAGAAGAUUGGCAUUUCAAUGAUACAGGCUUUAAAUUAUCAUGGAUUGCUUCAAAUUUUAGUGCUUGGAUGAAUGAGACCUCUACUACUGGUCAUAUUUCCCUUGAACAUGACCUAUUUAAUGUGACUGCUCAACAGGCCCCAUUAGUAGUUGAUAUUCUUACAAAAGCAAAACGUAAUAUUAAACCAGUUGCUGACUGUUUAGGUUUUCCUGGUAUCUAUUAUAAUGAAAGUAAGCCUAUUACCUCCACCACUGCCACAGCCAGCCCCACCAUGAUCCAUGUUGCUGCCACACCUGAUUCUUCACACGGUUCUAGUACAGCAAUGUCUUCUUCCACUCCUACUUCA